UUCACCUAAUUGUGGAAAACAUCUGAUAACAUACCUAUAGUUUCUUUAAGAUGCAGCUGAGAUUUUUCUCCGUUCUUUUUCUGAUCUUCAUUUUCUUCGCCGAACACUUGACGAUGCUUGUUGCAGGAAGCGAUGUCAGGGCCAUGUUUAUUUUCGGCGACUCGAUCGUCGACACCGGCAACAAUGACUUUCUGGAUACCAAUCUCAAGAUGAAAUACUACCCGUAUGGAAUUGAUUUUCCGUUCGGUCCAACAGGGAGAGCCACUAAUGCAAGAAAUCCGGCCGACAUACUGGGGGAACUGUUGGGCUUACCUCCAUUCCUUCCGGUUUUUUAUGAUCCUUUAACUAAAGGGAGCUCAGUUCUUGCUGGAGUCAAUUACGCAUCCGUCGGUUCCGGCGUCCUUGAUUCGACCAACCAAGAUGAAGAUAUCGUACCUUUGAGCCAUCAAAUCACCAACUUUCAGAAGGCAACCCUGUCGGAUUUGAGGUCUCAGCUUAACGGCAGUUCUGAACUCUCUUCCUACUUGUCGCAGAGCAUAUUUUUGGUUAGCUCUGGAGCAGUAGAUUACUUGUCCGACUGCUUUGAAUCAGGCCAGAUUAACUGUAAUUUGGAGGAAUUUACAGAGUUGCUAGUAGGAAAUUUCACUGAACAACUCAAGAGGCUUUAUGAAUCUGGAGCAAGAAAAUUUGUGGUGCUUAAUACCCAGCCAAUCGGUUGUAGGCCUUCUGCUAGACAGCUGAACAAUGGGUCAUGCGUAAAGGCCUACAAUGAUGCAUCAAUUGUGUUCAACAAUGUGCUGCGGGUUGCUCUGGAUGAACUAAGUGAAGAGGUGCCGGGCUUUAUGUUUUCCUACGUUGACAUGUUUGGAAUUGUCAGUAGCAUGAUCGAUGAUCCUGCAACUUACGGAUUGAAGGUCAUCAACGAGUCAUGUUGUGUUAAGGUGAAACAGUUAGGAAACCCCAAAUGUGAGGAAGGAGUUGAGCCAUGCGCAGACAGGAGAAGCUAUGCUUACUACGACGCUACACACCCUACGGAGACGGUCUACAGACAGAUAUGUGAAAGGGCCUACGCUUCUCAGCUCAUCUCUGAUGUCUACCCGUUCAAUGUGAAGCAUAUAGCGAGCCUUCGUUCAGAGUACUUUAGUACUUCCCUCUCCUUGUCUUCAAAGCCAUGGGCAAAUGAUGCUUAGAAGUGUUCUUUGGACGCUGCCAACUAUAUGAAAUGUUGAAAAGGUAUUGAAUCCUUUUUAAAGCGCGCCCAGACAAAUUUGAUUUCUUCAGUUACUAGUAGCUUAAUACCAGAAGCCUACGUUGUAGAAAUUCAGAGAAGGGAAGAAAAUCCAGGGAAUCAAACCAAAAACAAGGUCAAAUAAACGCAUCUACUAGGACAACCUGUGGCAAUGAGCAGGAAGAUUGUCUCAUCUAGACGCAGAAUUUACAGGACUCUGCAUGACAGAAGACCAAUUGUCUCCACAGCUACAUUGUAAUACAUCAAAGAAAAUCUACAGCUAUCGCUAUGGAUGUAAUGUGGAAAUAAUCCAAUAGCUUCACUUUGCUUAAUUACAGUGCCCUUCUCAGACAA